UGUUUAUGGCUGAUAAUCAUGAGAAUUCUAGCCGGUUUGUCCAUCAUCACACGAUGUACCCUCGCCAGGAGAUUCCCACAGACUCUAGGAAGCUUUACCUACCAGAGAUUCGAAUUUCUUCACACGUCCAAAACUUUGGGCAUCUUUCAGCAUAUUCAGCGGAAAAAGUGGAAUGAGGAGAAGAUUCGCAACAUGGAUAAGCUUCCUAGUCAUUGGACGCUGAUCUACAGGAAUCCCAUGUACAAUUACGUGUCUGCAAUGACUUGGAUCACGACUGUAAGCUUCACUGUGAUUGGGAUUUUCCUGGCUCACUGGCUUAUCACCGGACACUACUUUCUCGGUACUAAUGAGCAAAUAGAAGCCCAAGAGUUGGGUCCAGGUACCAGCAAUCUGAGCGAAGUCGUCGUGAUGUGUGGCUUUUUCAUUAUCUUUAAUGGCAUUUUGCGGGUAACUCUGAAUCGUUUUCCACUGCGAAUCUACCAAAACGGAGAGAAAUAUUUGGCCAUUUACACUUGGAAAGUGCCGUACAGAAAUGAAAUUCUAGAGUACUCCAAGGGAGACGUUGUACAAGUUCCACCCAGAGGAAUGCUGUGGGCGUCACUUCGCUACAAGAUUCGGGGGCGGAAAACCAUCCUCCUGUACAACUACUUCCGCUCGCCCUCGGAUCUGCACGGGAUGAUGCACCCUGACGCUGAGAGAUACUAGAAAUUGAGAGAAAUAUAGACGUGUUUACAAAGCAUCGCAGUUUGUGAGGUUGUGUCUCGCCUUCCCCGCUUUCGGAACUUUUUUCCAAUGGCCGCGAC